UUAAAAACAAUCCGUGCAACAGGCAAAUGUCUGAAUAAAUAAAUCUGAUUUGUCUUCAGAUAGACUAUCGUGUAGUAACUGAGAUGAUAAAUAUGAAAACUGGGAUUGUAUAAAAUAUGAUCUAAUGUUAAGUGAAAAAUCAGAAUUUAAGCUGUGUCUACAGGUGAUGACAAUGGGAUAAGAACGUAUAUUUGAGCAAAGGUUAAAAGGAAAUGUGCAAAGUAUUUGCUGCGUGGAGGCAGGGGGAUGCUGAAUUAGGUUGUUUUCUCCUUGAAUAUUGUUAUAUUAUUUUUACAAUGAAAAGAAAUGAGAGGGAUAGUCUAGGCUCCGCCCCCGAAUCAAUCUGUGAAUAAGCAUUUGUUGGGCACCAUUUCCACAGGUAAUUUGUGUUAAGGGCUGAAUUUAGAAGCGGCAGGGAGUAGGCUUGGGGGCAGGACUCGGUUUGGGGGCAGAGGUUGGUCCCUAAGAGUCUCACAGACUCUCAGAAUGUCAGAGCCACAAGGGACCAGUCUAACACCUUUGUUUUAUAAUCUCGGGCCCUGAGGCCCAGAGAAGCUGUGACUUGCCCAGAAUAACCCAGCAAACGCCUGGCUAUUCCGCAUAGGGUUAGGCAUUCUCGCAGAACCAACUGGCGGGCCUUCCCUCACUCCCCCUUCCUCAGGGCACCUCCACAUCCCUGAAUCGCUGCAGAUGGGUGCAGAGAAGGCAACCAGACAGAGGGCACUCUUCUAGUGCAGAGGUGGGGGCUGGGCAGCCCAAGCGGGGACAGAGGGCACAGCGAUGCUGCUCCUAGGCGGUAAACCCCCGUUCCACGAUCAUCUCCACAGGACCCUGAGUGGGCUCAGCCAGACCCAGCCCUCCCAACAGCACGCGGGGUUGUCCCGGACUGUCCGGCUUUACCCAACCGCCGCAGCCAGCGGUCAGCUCACCUCCAAUGCCCUGCCCGCAGGGCCAGGCCUUGAGCGGAGGGAUGGCGCCCAGCAGGCAGCGUAUCUGGACCGCCUGUCAUCCCCCUGGGGGCUGAACCUCACUGAGAAAAUCAAGAAGAUCAAGAUCGUCUUCACUCCCACCAUCUGCAAGCAGACUUGUGCGCAUGGACACUGUUCCAACAGCUGUGAGCGUGGCGACACCACCACCCUAUAUAGCCAGGGUGGUCAUGGGCACGACCCCAAGUCCGGCUUCCGAAUCUAUUUCUGCCAGAUCCCCUGCCUGAACGGGGGCCGCUGCAUCGGCCGGGAUGAGUGCUGGUGCCCUGCCAACUCCACCGGAAAGUUCUGCCACCUGCCCUCCCCGAAGCUGGACACGGGGCCUCCGGAGAGGGGCUCCCGCCACGGGGCCCUGCGGGAAGGCCCCUUGAGGCAGUCCACCUUCACCUUGCCUCUCUCCAACCAGCUGGCCUCCGUGAACCCCUCCUUGGUGAAGGUGCACAUCCACCACCCGCCGGAGGCCUCCGUGCAGGUCCAUCAGGUGGCUCGGGUGCGGGGCGAGGCCCCGGAGGAGAACAGCGUGGAGACCAGACCCUCGCCCUGGCUCCCCGCCAGCCCCCGCCAUAGCCACUGGGACAGCAACAGCAUCCCUGCACGGUCUGGAGAGGCCCUUCAGCCACCGCCCCCGGCAGCACCCAGGCCUCCAGGAGGGCUGGGCCGCUGUUACCUGAGCUCUGUGAAUGGGCAGUGUGCCAACCCCUUGCUGGAGCUGACUGCCCAAGAGGAUUGCUGUGGCAGUGUGGGAGCCUUCUGGGGGGUGACCUCAUGUGCCCCAUGCCCACCCAGACCAGGGAAGGGCUUUGUCAUCCCCAACAAGGUCAUCUAG